GAAAGAGAGCGUUUACACUAAUGCCAGCUGUAGCCCUUUUACAGCAUGUGCUUGUGUUAUGAACAGAUGUCUGACUUGUGUCAAGCUGCUUUUGAAGUCAUUAAUAACUGAUGAACAUUGACUCUGUUAUUGAACUGAAUUGAGCUGAAUAAUGACACUAUUGUCUUCUGUAGAGCUGCUUUUGAAUUUGUUUCAUAAUUGAUGACUCUUACAACAUUAACUGUUAUUUUCCUGUUUAUUACUGUGAAGCUGCUUUGAAACGAUCUGUAUUGUAUAAAGCACUACAGGAACAAGUCAAUGUUAGCACUGAUAUACCUGCAUAUGUUUCAGAAGCAUCUGCUGAUGAAUAAAUGCCAGGAAGAAGUUAUGUUACAGUUAUCAACCUUCAUCUGAGGACUCAUUCUGAAGUUUAGGAGAUAAAACUGCUUGUUUUGAUGCAGUUUUUAUUGAAUCGGUCACGACUGAUGCGAUCGGUGUUUGGUGAGACUCUACCUGUGUGAGUCCACCGAGCAAGGACACUUGUGUGUCUUUUUACUUUUCUGCUACUUUCCUGUUGUCUCUCAAUAGCCGUGUUUCCACCGCAGGAACUUUCCUCAGGAACUAGGGACUUUGGGGUGGUAUUUGGUGUCUUUCGACCGCAGGAACCAGGGUCUAAAUGAAGUUUUAGGUAAAAAUUCCUCCCCAGAAAGUCCCUGCUCGUGAGGUAUUUCCUUUUCAAAGAUCAGGAACUUUUGGGGGUGGGACUUGGGUGCUGAACAUGCUGAUUGGUUGAGUUCAUGCAGCAUUUUAUUUCAACCACCAUUUUUAAAAGUCUGUGGUGCGUGCAAGAAGAGUUGUUUGCUAUUCGAAUCAACAAUGGAGUUUAAAAAAUACGAACAAUGGACCGACGACCAGUUUCAUCCAGACGAAACCUUGUAGAAAGUUAAAGACCUGUCUCUCUCCUCCUAUUCAUAGCGAACUAGGUGUCAUCCUUUCACAGAACAACCAGCUGGACGAUAAUCAAUCAGGUUUAAAAGCAGCCACUCAACCGAGACUACCUUUCUGUCAGUCGCUGAAGCCCUACGGAUUUCGAAAGUUGAUCCCAAAUCUUCAGUUCUCAUUCUGCUAGAUUACCUGCCACCUUCGACGCUGUUAACCAUCAGAUCCAUGGCUGGAACAACACUUUGCUGGUUUGAAUCUUACCUCACAGCUCCGAAACACAUCAUCUGGUCCCCGGGGUACCCCAGGGUUCAGUACUUGGACCUCUCCUCUUCUCCAUAAACACUACAUCACUGGGACCUAUUAUACAGGCACAUGGUUUCUCCUACCAUUGCUAUGCUGAUGACACUCAUCUCUACUUUUUAUUUCAAACAGACGAUCCCACAGUAGCUGCAGACCGCCUGGCGGAAAUUUCGCAAUGGAUGGAAGAACAUCACCUACAGCUCAGCCUAGUGAAGACGGAGCUUCUUGUCUUCCCAGGCACAACUUUACCAUCCAGCUCAGUUCGAGGGUAAUCUUUGAUGAACAGCUGACUUUCAAGGACCACAUUGCAAGGAUGGCAUGAUCAUGCAGGUUUGCACUGCACAACAUCAGGAAGAUCGGGCCCUUCCUAACGGAGCAUGCUGCACAACUUCUCAUCCAGGCCCUUGUUAUUUCUAGACUGGACUAUUGCAAUGCUCUUCUGGCUGGACUUCCAGCAUAUGCAAUCAAACCUCUUCAACAGAGAGGCACAAAAUCACUUUCCAGAACCUUCUCAUUCACUGUUCCUCACUGGUGGAAUGAUCUUCCCAAACCUAUCCGAACAGAAUCCCUGAAAUAUUCAAGAAACAGCCGAAAAGUCAUCUCUUCUGCAAGCACUUACUCUGUUCUCCUUCUCUGCUUUCACUGUUUCUCAAUCCCUCCCUGUUCUAGCUUGUUCUAUUGAAACUUCUAUCAGUUCUUGUGUUUAUUGCCUGUUUAAGAAGAAUCGGCUGCUGUAUCCCUCAUCUGUAUGUCGGUUUGGACUUACAGAUGAGGAAAUGCUGUCUGGAUGCUGUUCUUCAUCAUCAUGAGUUCUGUGUGCAGCUGCUCGUGUCUGAAUGUGAACCUGCACUGCAGAGGCUGAGCAGACCUGACUAGUCGAGCUCAGAUCUGACGAGGUUUAUCCUGCGUUUGGAUAGAGGAGGUUCAAUAAACACACACACACACACACACACACACACAGUCAGUGAACACUCGUCUGCUGCCUCCUGCUCUCAGUGUUUUAUAUCAGUAAUGAAUCACAGCCCCCCCCCCAUACGUGCUGCGUCAGUGUGUGUGACGCUCCUGUGUGAGUGUGUGUGUGUGUGUGUGUGUGUGUGUGUGUUUGCAUUCUGAAUGGAUCCUCAGCCGGCUGGAAUCAGCAGCGUCUCUGUGCACAGAGGUGACUAUGAGGACACGUCUCUCUGCUUUAUUCUUCCACACCAUGAUCUGGGCCAGCACAGCAGCAUUUGACCCCGCCCCCAAAAUUGACGGACAGCAGACCUCGUCAGUCACCAUACAGGAGAACAUCACUCACCUGUUCAGCUGCCAAUCAGAGGGCUGGAAUCCUCAAGCCCCGCCCCUGCUGACCUGGUACCUGAACGGGGAGAGGCAGAGCGAGGUGACGGGCAGCCGGGGGGCGGGGCGUCUGGUUAUGACAUCACCAGGGGAUUCCGGAGUGCUUAAAUACGGAUCCGAGCGCAACAGCACGUUCACACUCAAACCCAAGCGCUGGGACCGAGAGCUGGUGUGUGCGGCGCGAAACCCUGCGGGAGGAGAGAGUUACAACGCCACCGUCACGCUCAACGUCCAGUUCCAGCCGGAGAUCCUGCGUGUGGACGCCCACUACAGCGAGACCUCUGACCCCGGCCUCUCCCUGAUCCUCUUCGCUUUGGUUCGGUCCAACCCCCCCGCCACCAUCACCUGGGUGGAUCGGUCCGGUCAGCUGCUGGCCAACAGCUCCGACUUCCUCAUCCUGGACUCACGGAGCUUCCCGUGGCUGGCCAAUCACAGCCUACAGGUCACUCUGAGCAGCCUAUCAGGAAACAUCUCUGUGAACGCCAACAACAGCCUCGGCUCCGCCCACAGCAACCUCACGCUCACAGAGUUCCUGCAGUCGCGGGUGGAGGUGCCGAUGUUUGGGAUAGUGACGGGUGGUGUCGCCGGCUUCAUCACCCUCCUCAUCUUCACCCUGAUGGUGUUCUUCCUCCUACAGAAGGACAAAAGCAAAGCCGUCGAAGAGCCCGUCGCUGUUCAUCUGUCCUCCAAACGUCAUGACAUGGUGAAGGUCCAGGUGAACGGCGUGUAUCUGCCCAGAGAGAACAUGUCUUUACCGUCACACGUGCAGCUGAACGACGACCGGACGCUCUGUAAGGGGCAGCAGAUCUCCAGACCGAACACACUGGAGAGGAGACGCACGGACGAGGAAGAGGAGGAUCUGUCUGCGGCCUACGCUGCUCGAGGUUUCGCUCGCUAUCCGAUGGUGGGCUACAUCUAUAAAGUGAGCAGCACCAGCAGCGACGAGAUCUGGCUCUGAACAUCUGCACACACUGACCUCUGACCUCUGACCUCACGCCUGAUCCACCUGACGCCUGUAAGGUCAACAUGGCAGCGGGCAGAACGUGAUCCGGUUUCGUCGUUCUUAUAAAUCAAAUGUCAGGUGACAGGCAGACUGCUUUGUCUUGAUGAAGAACUACACUACCCAUAAUCCACUGUUCAGAGAAUCCACUGUUACUAUGGAAACGGGGACUUUUCCCCCCCAGACUAGCUAGGGAUCAGUAACUAACAUUAGUUAAUUGUAUUGCUGCUCUUACAAUCAGAGGAAAUACUUGAAAAAGACCAAAACAGUGAGAGUGAUUCAUGGGAUCUGUAGUUCAUUCUCUCCCUCAGAAGCACCUGUACAUUAAUGGACUCCACACUGUACUGACUGUAAAUAUGUGCUUUCAUCAGUAUUUACCCAGAGUUCUUUGCUGCUAUACGGAAUGCUACAUCAUAUUUGUGUAAUAUGAAUGAAUGUUCACUAAAUCUGCAGAUAUUGUGAAAUACUUAUAAAUGAAUAGAAGUUUAAAGAGUAUUCUUGCUAAGGCAUUGAAAUCAUGUGUAUAUAAAUAUUUGUAAAGCUCAUUAUGAAGAGAUCCAGCAGGAGGCGCUGUAGUUUAACUCUAGCCGUACCUGAGAUUAACUGGUGCUGCUUUAUUAUUGUUACUAUUCGAGUGUGAUUCUCUCUCUCUUGCUUGUGAAAGUUGCUGUAUCAGUUAUAUGAUGAAAAUACCUCAAUAAAGUGUCUGGAGAAACAACACAUCACACACGAUCAGUGCAAUAAUGUGUGUGAGUUUGUGUGUGUUUUGAAGGGUGUUCGCAGGUGUUUGUGGUCUUCAGUUUACGGCACCGGAAGUCAAUGUGGAUCGAUCUUUCAUCUGCAGUUUGUGCUCUUUAUUGAUGUCAGACUGUGUGUAAGAGCACGAAAACAACUAUAAAACACACAGAGACGCGCGAGCGAUCGUUCACAACACUGAUUUAACGGCUGUCACGUGCUUUUUUCUCGACUGAAAACGUUCAUCUGGAUAAAGUUCAGGUCCAGAUCGUGUCGUGUGUUCUGACUUCCGGUUCAUCGCAGUCUUUCACACCGUCAGCGUCUGAACCACACGAUCUGAGGGAAGAGAUCAAAGUGAAGGAGUAAUAAUCAUCAUAAAACAUCACCGAGAGACAUGGAAAGACGCUUGUUCUGGUUGUUCUGCCUGCUGACAGCUCUGAGAUCAGUGGAAUUAGCAGAUGGAGCGGAUCCAGAAAUCACUAUUUCUAAUAUGUAUCCGGAAUGUCCCAAUGGUGACUUACAUCCUGAGAAGAAGUCACUGAUGGAGGAUGCAGAUAUGAUCUACACAUGUGUAGGGAACAACACUGUAGGGUGUCUUGAGAGUGAUCCUGAGAAUGAUCUCUGUCCCAGACAAAAACUCCGCGUCAAAGUCCUGAGCAGUGAUGGUCUGAUCCAGCUGAACACGCCGGCGCUGCUCACGGUUCUGUUCAGUGAUGUCAUCGUCACGGGUAUGAUCGGAUGGGCCAUUUACAGCAUCUGCGCUCAACCCAGAACCAGGAGCAGCUACCAGGGCAACAAAGCCUCUGACCGGCAGAAUCUGAUCACUAAUAAUUCUGCAGGAGAUAUGUAUCAGCCGCUGAACGCGCGCUCAAGCGAGUACAGCACUCUUCACGGGGCGCGCAAGCCGAAGAACUCCAAACAGCCCCUGUCACCCUGAGAUUAUUAGAAGAAAUCUGUGUUUCAUCAAAUACAGCUGUGUUGCUCUUUAAAACGCUUUCAUUAACGCUCUGAUCUCUUUAUUUCAUUUAGCGUUCCUGUAAAUGUAGAUGCUUCAAAUAAACGCUUUCGCUCGAGUCAAUAAAAUCUGUCUUUACUAUCA